CAAGAGGGAUCGGUGAAUUGCAAGAGUUACAGAUCUUAGAGGUGGUUGACAUCAGACGAACUAGUAGCAGAGCAAUUAAGGAAAUUAAGUGUAGUAACAGCAGAAGCCACCAUGCAAAAAUGUAGGGUACUUGCUGCAGCCAUUGAGACGCUAUCUUCCCUCUCUUCUCUUCGUGUAGAUGCUGGCGGGAGCUCUUUGAAGUGGCUACAUUCUGUUUCAUCUCCUCCCCACCUCUUGAGGACCCUUAAGUUGGUAGGAUGUCUUGGAGAAGAGAUUCCCUACUGGCUUGGAAGUCUAACGCAUUUAGUGAAGAUUCAGUUGGAGCAUAGCGGGCUAAAGGAUGGACGCAAAGUCAUGGAAUUACUAGGGGAACUGCCCAGGCUUAGGCUCCUUGGUCUUUCUGGGAUGUCUUAUGUUGGGGAGGAGCUAAUCUUCAGAGCACAAUUGUUCCAGAGUCUCACCAAACUAGAUAUUUCUGGCCUUGAGCAACUGAGGGGGGUGAGAUUCGAGGAGGGCACCUCACCCUGCAUACAAAGGAUAGAAAUUGGUCGUUGUUGUUUGCAAUCUGGGAUAAUUGGUAUCAAGCAUCUUCCAAUGCUCAGGAGUAUUUCACUUGGUCAAGGUUGUCAAGUGGCAAAGCUUGAUGAGCUGCAAGGGGAGGUGGAAGCACACCCCAACCAUCCUGUGCUGCAGCUGCUGUUUGACAGGAGGUACCACGACCUGGGUGAUGUUGCAGAAUGCUCGAAUGCUGUACAAGUGCAAGAAGCAACGGGGGAAUCAUCUCAUUUUCUCGAGCCUGCGGCAGUGGAAGAGAACUCCUCUCAGGGGAUCGACAGGUCAGCUAAUUUUCUUUUUCUGUCAGUAGCAAUAGCUGGUUAUCAAUUAAACUGA